UUCGCAUAUUUGUCGGCAGAGUACACUGUCUGCUACCUGCACAACUACGCAUUAUGAGGCGCGGUCUGCCGGCGCCAUGAUGUAGCGGGCCAUGGCUGGCCGGCGCAGCAGUUCCAUUGGUUGCCGAUCCCUGCUCGCACGUCGCAGUUCCGUGGGUCUGCUGUUCAUCACAUGUCAGGAUCCCGUCCGGUUAAUUGUGGAGAUCAACAGUCAGGUGGCCCUGUUCAGGGACUUGCUGAUCCACGUGGGACAAGCCAGGGACUCUCCCGAGUUGCGAGAGAAGAUCCGGAAACUGCGACGUACCUUGGUGGAUGCGUGCCGACACACGAGCCAACUUCUGCUGCCCCAGGUCCGCAGCGCCGUGGCGGAGGGCAUCCCGGCAGACAACCAGCACUUCGUCCUCCUCUUCUUCAUCGCGCAACUGUUCCUGAGGGAGCUCGCCAAGUGCUACCGCCUGGUGCAGGUCAUCCCGAUGGACAUGACCGGAUACUACGAGAACCGACCGGGCCCGUCUAAUCUCGGCAACGUGAUCAGCCAAAUCCUGCUGUGCAAGCAGAUUACGCCGGACUUCAGACAGGAGGAACUGUGCUCCAUCACCAAGGACUCGCAGGAUGUGCGCAGGAUGGUGCAGGACAUGCAGGAGUUCAUGCCGCAGCAGGAGAACAACACAGAGAGGAACCAGGCCCUAAUUGGCGAGGACACAGGAGGGCACCAGUGGACAAAGAAUCGCAGCGCGUCAUUCUACAAGAACAUGGGCAGCUUCUGUUGCAUCUGUCGCCCCAACUAUCUGUGAUGAGUGAGGAACCACUUCCCCCAGACGUCAGAUAAGAGGGAACCGUUACAAUGCUUAUCAUUACAAUCGCCUUCCUACCGCAGCACUUCCCUCUAUACUUGUCACCCCAACGAAUUUAAGGCGAGGCGGUAUUAGAUUGAGAAAUUCGUUAUAACGAGCAGCAGUCUGUGACGUGUUACAUUUCUGCUAGUAGAAGUCGUUAUAACGCCGCAAACAAUGAUCGAUUGCUUAUCCUUCGUGAACGGCGCAAGGCCACACGCCUGGUAUCAGAACACGAACUUUAAUUUGUAAAAUACUGCGUGCUUUCGACGGGUUCCUUUCCAUGCCGCCUCUUGCGCUCUCUUACAAAAGGGGUCCACACGCACACACAGACACACACUCCUCGCGAGCAUUCUGUUUUCAUCAGCCUAAUGCCUGAGGCCACUAGAUCCAUUACGUGAGCCAUUCCGCCUGUUGCACUGCGCAUGCUUCAUCUCGGUUACUUUUGAAGCUGGGAGUUCCUAGGCUACUUUCACACGAGAGUCUGUGGCCCGUCCUAGGAACAAUUCGUUUAAAUGGAGCUGUUUCCACACAACCACACUAUUCAUAAUUGUUUCCGUAAGACACGCCACGUCAGUGUAGCGCUAGGAACGCCUUACAGAAAUUUGGUAGUGCAAAGGCCGCGAUGGGGAGUUGGAACGGUUCCACUUAAACAUUCAUCGUCUCCGAGUAGACUCGAAGUCAUGCUGUUGCGGGUCCGCGCUAUUUCGCCUCGCCUCUCCUCUCAGACACGGGUUUCCAACCUAUGGGCCUGCAAAGUGUGGGUAACUUGUUGGCACCAGGUCGGGCUAGAAUCGCGAGUUCAUUUACCUCUGCAACUGAAAUUCUUCGGGUCAUAACUGCCCUCGCGUCCACCAUUUGUGGACCCAAACCGAGAAUAGACAAGUUUGGCAGAAUUGAUUAAAUUAGUUUAGACAGACAUCUGGUGGGGGACCGUGGAGCCUAGGCAGAAAAAGGCGUGGGUUCGCAUUCCGCCAACAUUGAACAUUGGUGUAAACAGAAGAUGGCAACGUCAUCGAUCUGUGUUUCGAGUCAACAGCGCAGCUCAUUUUGUUGGUCGCGUAAGAAUUAAAAGCUGGGUCAGUGUGUCACGUGAUCGCAGUGAAUCACAGGUUCUGUGUUCUUGGGCAUCCAAGGAGUGGCGUCUUGUCCACAGGCUGGACACAUGACACACUAAUAUCGCCGGACAGUUUUCUUUUCACUAAUGCAAUAUCGUGGCAUCUGUUCCUGAGUUAAACAAACUAAAACAAUUUUAUACAGAAGUAACAGAUCGGGUCCCGAAAUUUUGAUCUCGCCCCACUGAUUCGAAACCCGUGCUCCGAAAUUCGAAAUCUGAGCUGCUGUGAUGUGUUUGAGGGAGGCCAUGUCUUGUCAGUUCCAAAUGAUCUAUUUCUUUGAGCAACAAAAGAGAAUCAAAAUGGCGGCAGAGCGUAUAGAUUUUUGUGGUUUAAGGGCAAAGUUCAAGUGUCGAGACGAACGUUUUGGCCCCCGUUCGGACUUCAGACGUGACACUUCUAUGAACACCAAUCACAGACUCUCGCUAUUAUUAUUAUUAUAAUUAUUAUUAUUACUAUUCCUAGCGACUCUGUGUCUUAUGUGCGGGCUAUAUAAGACUCAUAUUGGCGCGGCAAACAAAGUCUUCUUACUAUGCAGAUUGAAUACAAAGCAAUAAGACAGUGUUGUUUGUUUGUUUUGUUUGUUAGACACUAGGGCACUAUGUACUCUCACACCAGCACGCCGCCCACCAUCUUAUUGCUGCUAACGAUGUAAUGGCGGGUGUGCUAGUGUUCCUCAAAUGCUGCUGCACCUUGAGACGCCACCCAGUGCUACCAAUCGAAACAUUUUCCCCCCAGAAUCCGAGAGUAGCGCCGUUUGUGGCGGGCACGGCCUCCCUGACGUCUCGAAUGUAUUGGAAAAUAUGUAAGAUAUUUCGGUUCAAGGGAAAACAAAAACCGCAGAAAUAAAAACAAAGCAAAAAAUAAAAUAAAAUAAAAUAAAAGAUAACGGCAGUUAACUUAAAUUGAGCUAAGAAAGAAAUUCACAGAGGAUAGUUCAUCUGCAGCUCAAUAAUAUAUGGAGUCUAACUUUAACGUCCCCUAAUUAGGUACAGAAAUACUUCAAGUUUUCUAAAAUUAUUUGUAAGGGACACGGGAUAGCUCAGGGAGGAAAGUGACUAGCCUAUGGGAUGAAUUUCCAGAGAAACGUGGUUCGAUUCCUAGCAGAGAUAGCGAAUUCUCUCUUCUCUACAGUCUCCAGACAGGCUCUGAGGAAUCAGGGUUCGUUUCCCUAGGAUCCCCCACUAUCCAGUGGAUAUGGGGGCUCUUAAUCCUGUGGUCAAGCGACGGGACGUGAAGAAAUCCACCCGCCUGCAUCUCAUAUCAGUGCAGCCCUGUAUCCGGAGGGCUCACAGCGAGACCUGGUUCCACAAGCAACAGCUAAUGCAGUCCCGUCAAAGUCGUGUGAUAUUCUGGAACUUUCAACGCCACGCGCGUCCUUCUGUACAUAGGCACUUCGCACGUUUACACUGACACGUUUCAAAGAAUCUGAUGAAAUAUUUCCAAAAAACGCUGAAUACAUUGAAAUGUCUUUACUGCAUUUUAUGAUGCUGACUAUCGUCAGACGGUGGGACUCUCAGUUAAUAAUGAAUAGUGGCUUAGUCGACGUACUAUGUCGGUACUUACUUGGAGGAACUGGAGAAAACACCGAAAUCCUCAGUGAGAGUAGUGGGUGCCCGGCCGUCUCCUUCUCCUACAGUUUUAAAGCGGAUAUUUCAGUCUCUCUGGAAGAACUCUAAUAUGACGUUUCCUCAUGGGAACCGAGGGCUGACGCACCGAGUAUACGCGGUGAUGACGGGCAGACGGCGCUACUCUCUGCGUCCAACUCCUUGCAGCAGUGUGUGAGCUCUCACAAUAAACCAAACACCAAAUUCUCGAUGUGAUAGGGCCAUGUCCGAGUGUGCUCACUGGUGGCCAUCGGAAGGAGACACGCCACAGAGCGGGGCAGUUCCUAUAUUUUCAUAGAGGAGAGAAAAUGUUAUUUUGUGAUUACAUGUAAUGAUACUCAGAGACGGCACGACUUGUAUGGAGACAAGCUACAGGGUGUGGUCAUUUGGUUGCGGUGCAGUAAAUCUUCCCUAACGCCUCACCCCGUACCAUGUUAUUGCCAGCGGUUCACUUUUCCUGGAAACACGAGUAAGUCCGUGUUAGUGGUUACUGCAGCAGGCCCGCCAAUGUCGCGCGGGAUGCUCAUGAGGAAGAGAUCAUAGAGCUGUCGAGGCACUGUGCUGGCAUUUGUCUGGACGGACUGGGAAAAGCCAUUAAGAACCUCAGGCGCUAUCCUCAAUGAGAUUCGAACCUAUCACCUGCCGAAUACAAGUCUACAGUGUUGCUGCCUGGCCAGCCGGCCGGUCUAGCCCUCAGAUCAAAAUGCAAAUAAGUUUAACAGAUACAAUUUGCAUCCUUAUUCAGUUCAACUGGAACAAAUCGUAUAUAUAUUUUUGUUAAUAAUGUUUAAUAUUAUAUUUUAGUUAAGGAAAUGUCAUUAUAUAAAUUAGCAUUAUAUAGAAUGUACGCUGCAGAGAAUUACAGAGUGUUCCCUUAAUUUUCGGGAACGUAUUUCGCACUUUAUGCUGUGUGCGUGAUUAACUCCAAAUGAACAGGGACUAACAGAAUUACAGAAGACGCAAUUAAAAGCUGAAUGCCGCGCUCGCUGUAUGAAGCCCCUGAAGGGUCGCAUAAAUGCGCUUUCAGACUUCCUCGUUCUCUUUGGGCCCGCAGAAACACGUUUCAACUGACACGACUCACUCUCACUCCUAGGGGCACGAGGUGAGCCUUGGGCGCCGGCAUCUUCACUCUUUGUAGUUUUGAAGAUAAAAAAGUGAAGGUAUCCCUGCAACAGGCCGUGGAGGAACAUAUGGUUCUGAGACGUCGAGGCUCCCACAUUUUCUA